AUGUCCACCUUUGGUGCACUAGCUAUUCUAUUACUACUCACCUGUCCUCUAGUUUGCCCUUUACUGAAGACGGGAGAUUCGACCAGUCAAACAUUUUUCAAAAUACCUGGAGACUUCAAACUUGGGGGUCUUUUCGCUAUACAUGAUGAAGCUGACACGUUGGACAACUGGGGAAAGAAUGGAACUACUAAAUGCAAAAACUUCAACAUCCAUGAAUUCAUUGGGUUAUUGGCCAUGAAGUUUACGGUAGAGGAAAUUAACAACAGCAGUACCAUCCUGCCUAAUUCUAGCCUUGGAUAUGAGAUAUAUGACACCUGCUGUAAUACAGAAGCCACGCUACAUGCAGCCUUGAAGUUUCUUUCUGAGAGAGAGGAUAGCGUUAUCCAGGUAGUCUGUAACUACACAUACUAUGAGCAAAAUGUGGUGGCUGUGAUUGGGCCAUCAACAUCAGAAACCAUUGCAGCAACUGCAAGACUUUUUGGCUUCUUCCGUGUACCCCAGGUCAGCUAUCAGGUUUCCAGUGAAAGGUUUAGUAACAAGGUCAUCUUCCCAUCAUUUCUACGCACCAUCCCUGGUGUUAUAACCCUGGCUCAGGGAAUUGUAAACCUUUUAAAGGAGUUUAAGUGGAACUGGGUGGCCAUAGUGGCUAGUAAAAAUGAUUACGGUGAUCAAGGACUCUUCCUGUUCAUGACUCUAGCUGCCCAAGCUGGUAUCUGCACUGCCUACCAAGCUUACAUACCGAAUGAUUCAACCAACUCAAAUUUCAAUACAUCUCUGCAGAACAAUAUUCUUGAACUCCAGAACACAGGGGUAAAUGUCACCAUUGUGUUCUCCACUGAACAGGAAUCUAAGCUUUUCUUUAAAGCUGUUAUAGAUUCCCAGUUAAAAAUGGUCUGGAUUGCCACAACAACAUGGUCUCAGUCUACAUCCCUCCAGCAGAUGGCAGGCAUGCAGUCCAUUGGUACAGUUAUUGGUUUUUCUGAAACAAGUAAAGCAUUGCCUGGGUUUGAGGACUAUGUACAGCAUAUUCUGCACCUGAUUCAACAACAAAGGCAGCUUCUCCUCAAUGGUAGCACAUCAAAUCCGAACAUCAGCCAGCAGUAUGUUUUCCAGACCAAGGGCCUUCUGGAACAAUGUGAAUCAUGCAGCUUGUUAACACCAAACAAUAUAACAAUACUACAGGACCCUGUGGUACUCGGCUUGGCUUAUCGAGUGUAUAUUGCAGUCUACUGCAUUAGUCAAGCUAUUCAUAACAUUGUUCAUGGCCUAGAUGGCCAGUGCAAAGAUGUGUACGGUAUACUUCCUUGGCAGGUCCCGGAAUCUACAUGUUCCCGACAAUGCUCAGAGGGCCAGGUCAAGUUGAUCAAAGAUUUCAAAUCCUGUUGCUUUGAAUGUCUUACUUGUCCUGAGGGAACCUUAGUAAACUCCACAGAAUGCACCCCGUGUCCUUCUGGCCAGUGGUCCAGGUCAGGAAGCAAAGCCUGCCAAGAUCCAACCUUCAUUUUUCUAACAUGGAAGAACUACUAUGUUAUCGCCCUUCUUAUAUUCAUGGGACUAAUCAUGGUCAUCAUUGGCACAGUGGCUGUGAUCUUAUUUCAGCAUUGCCACACUCCUCUGCUUGUUGCUUCUGGUGAAAUUGAGAGCUUCUUGACCCUGCUGGGAGACACCUCUCAUCUUGGUAUCCACCAUCACCUGGACAGGAAGUGA